UGAGUUCUUGUUGUUUCCUAUUGACCUGUGGCGAAAUCACCACCGUCUUGCUGACAAUGGAGCCAUGGCUACCGAUGGACGGAGGGACCCUCACCAUAACCCCAGCAGGAGGCAUGGAAGAUGUUCUCUCCUGCUCCUGGUACCGAAGGGCAGUGUCAGACAGGACCCUGAUCCUCAGGCACCAGCUGCCUCCGAAGCCAACAUACUACUACGGAAAGGCCUACACCAAGCGGGAAACAGUCAGACAGCAAUGCUCCCUGCACAUUGUUAAUCUCACCAGGGAGGACAGCGGCAUCUACAUCGUUCAGAAGCAGAGAGCUGCAAACUUGACCUCUGAAGAAGGGACCAUAUUCGUAUUUAUCUCAGCCCUCGAGCAAAGAACUAAACUAACAGGGAAAGCCAUUGCGGGAAUUGUAGUCAGUGGCCUCCUGGGCAUCGUGGGAGUGGCAGGUUUGGUGGUAUACCAGACCACCAGAGAGCCACCUCUAAGCUGAAAUUCAAAACCUAUAACCAGUGGAGAACAUGCUGGCAUCCAAGUCAGAAGAGCAUCCUCAGUCUCCCAAAACAGCCCAUCCUCCUUCUAUUCUCAAGGGGGAAUGGAGCCACGGAGGAGCCACCACCGGACCACCAAAGGUCUUUGGACAACUAACAGAGGACGAAGGCCUUGCACCCUCUUGGACGGCCAGCAACCAAAGAAGCCGCUGUAUCUGCUGAU